UAGAAAUACAUUACUACCCUUGGACUCAUGAAGAUUGCUCUCUGUCGUUCUAGUUAUCGAGUUUAUAUUUAGUACUAACUGUGUAUCACUUGCUCACCGGUAACUGCCAUCUUGUUUAAUUUACACCAAAUUGGCAUAAGAGUACAAUACGCAACCAUCAUCAUAUAUUUAUAUUUUUGAUUAAAGUGUUUAGUUUCUCCAAUAUUUAUCAUUAUGUCUCAUGGUGGCAGAAAUGAGUGUAGAAUUUACGUAGGAAAUUUACCCCCAGACAUCAGAACAAAAGAUAUUCAGGAUUUAUUUUACAAAUUCGGCAAAGUUACAUUUGUUGACUUGAAAAAUCGUCGAGGACCACCAUUUGCCUUCGUUGAAUUUGAUGACCCGAGGGACGCUGAAGAUGCUGUUCAUGCUAGAGACGGUUACGACUAUGAUGGGUAUAGACUGAGAGUAGAAUUCCCUCGGGGUGGAGGUCCUAGUAAUAACUUCCGCGGAGGUCGCGGAGGUGGUGACAAUAGCAGAGGAGGUCGUGGAGAUAUGGGAAACUCACGAGGGCGAGGUCCACCUGCACGUAGAUCGCAGUACAGAGUCCUUGUAACUGGAUUACCUCCAUCUGGUAGCUGGCAGGAUUUAAAAGACCACAUGCGAGAAGCUGGGGAUGUAUGUUUUGCUGACGUUUACAAAGAUGGUACGGGUGUUGUGGAAUUUCUUCGGUAUGAAGACAUGAAAUAUGCAGUAAAAAAAUUAGACGACUCAAGAUUUCGAUCCCAUGAGGGUGAAGUUGCUUACAUCAGAGUAAAAGAAGAUCAUGCUACGGGUGAACGUGGUCGCAGUGAAGAUCGCGAAAGAGGCCGCAGCCGUUCACGAAGUUACAGUCCACGUCGUCGAGGCUCACCAACUUAUUCCCCAUUACGACGCAAUUAUUCGCGAUCAAGAUCACGUUCCAGGUCUCGUUCGUACGACUAGUGUGUACGUAUAUGUCUCACAUGAUACAAUAAUCGAAAAUUGAACGACUCCUUUGCUUUGCCACGUCUCACUAUUUUUUUAUGUGAAUAUUAAUUAUCUUAUUUCCAAUUUAAAUUAACUGAAAUGAUGCUACCCCUAAAUAUUUUAUCUAAUAAUUAUUUUUCCAUUAGAAAUGGUUGUUAUUUCGUUUUCAAUUUAAUAGUUAAAAAUAUUACGUCUAUAAUAACAUGGACGCAAAAGUAUAUACAUACUUAUUAAGAAUAUGGAAGGAUUAAUAUAAUUAUGCUAAACGAAUUUUUUAUGAUUGCAUCAUUAAAUUUAUAACAUUUCUAAAAUUAAUUCUAUCAGAGUAAUACAUUCCGUUGAGCUCAUUUUCAUUUUUUUUUUCUUAAAAAUAUUUUUAAGUUUUAACCGUAACACGAUCGUACGAAAUAAAAAUACUGAAUUAUAUUUUAAAAAUGAAUGGACGCCCAUCAAAUAAAUAUCGUCUUCUCUAGAUGGCCAACUCAUGGUUGAACCAAAAUUUUUUUACGUAAUAGUUGAAUCCAUUUCAAUUAGUAUAAACGUCAAUUACGUUUGAUAAUUGUAAUCUAUAAUUAAUUUUAAAAUUAACUUUUGGAAAUAUCUAAGAGAAUUCAAAAGAUCAUCAAUAAAAUAGUUGCCUACAUAAAAUUAAAUACAUUUUUUAGGCAAACGUGAGUGCUCACAUAACUAUAUAAUAUUUGAAAUCAAAUCUUUGAACUUUAUUAUCAACUAUUUUUUUUAACUAGUUGGUUGUUUUUUUGUACAUAUAGAAAAAAGCGUUCGUAAUAUAGUUUUUUAUUUAUCUCCACCCGUUGGUCAGCUUCCGUUAUAGAAUUUUUCAAUUUGAAUGCAUACAUCGUUCCUCUACUAAAAAAAAUCAUUUCAUCCAAUAGAUUCUCAUAUAUGUUUUAUAAGAAUGAAUUUCUACUCAGAAAACAAGUAUUUCUUGACGCAAGAGGUAUUAACAGAUAUCUACAUUUUGUGAUUUGAAAAAAAAUUGUUUUCGAAAAGAGGUCCGUGUAUGUAUGGGUAGAUGUGUAAAAAGUCAUCUUUUUUAACUAUAUUUUUCAUAUGAGAAUCGAUAAAAAUGAGUCUUGUAGCAACAGAAAUGAUUUAUUUAAAGUUUGAUUUAGUUGAAAUUCAAAAUUAAUAGAGUAGUUUAAAGUUUUUUAAAAAUUAAAUCGUAAAUUAUCAAUCCAAUCGAUUUUACGGAUAUACAAAAAUAUAUGUUUGAUAAUAUUUUAAAUCUCAUAGAAAAAAAAGUGCUAGGACUUUCCUAAACCGGUUACUCAAUUGUCUUUUUAUGUUUUUUAAUCAAAAUAGUUUCCGCUUUAUCAAAUGAUAAAAUAAAAAUGCUUUUUUUUUAAAGUCAAAUGAUUCAAAAACUAAACGGAAAUAAUUUCGAAAUUUUAUUCCUCUUAUCAUAUGAUUUAUGGACUGAUAUGUAGUGUCAAAGUUUCUGAAAUUAUACCAAAAUAGAGGCAUUCAUCCAUGAAUAGAGGCGUUCAUCCCAAUCAGGGCAUAGACGGUAUUCUGAACAAAAUUUAACGCUUGGUGUUUUAUCAAUGAUUUUGUUCAUAGCUAAAAAAGACGGCUUAUCAUUAUCUUAUUAAUUGCAUACAUAAAAACAAAAAAUAUCACCAAAAAAAAAAAAAUAGUUGGUUUCAAAGCUUUUUGAUUUAACAUAUAAAUGUAUAAAAUAAUUUAAGAGUCUAAUUGUAAUACCGGUGCAUACAUAUAUAAUUUAUAGAAAAACUACUUUUAUUUUAAAAUUGAGUGAAAUUUUAAAAAAAUUCAAUUUUAAAUUCACCCGGUAUAGCAUUAGAAACUUAAAUAAAUAAUUAAACAUCGAUUUGUUUUCUUUUAAUUGUACGACUCAAAAUCUUUAAAAUUAAAUUUGAAAGUUUGACUUAUACUGUAGUGUUGCUAAUAAUUGAAGGAAAACAAAUUAAGAACAACAAAAUUUAAAAAUUAUAAUUAUUAUUAUUACAUUUAUUUGUGCAGUUUGUGUUUAUUAAUUAAGUAAUUAAUGUAUUUAUUACUCAUGAUUUGAUUUUUUCAAUGAAAUAAGAUUAUAUGUGUAUAUAAAUAUAUAUAUGUAUAUAUAUUUAUAUAUAUAUACAUAUAUAUUUAUGCGUAUACAAUGAAAGAACUAAUGUAUUUUUUCUUCUUUUGUAUAUUGGAUUGGAUUGUAACACAAUGAAUGAAAAACUCAUAUCCACAUGAACGUUACUUCUUCGAUGGAUAUUAUACAUAUUCUCUUGACGAUGGAAUGGGAUGGACCGCGUAUUUUGGAUGGAGUUUAUUCCGAGAGUAAUAUUAUAUACAGGAUUAUAACUUAAUCGUCGAUGGGAUUAAUCGGACAUUAAGGAAUGUUAACAAGAGGAAAAUCAGGAUCAGGAUUAUAAAAUCGGAUGAAAUGUGGGAAGUGACUAUUAGUUUAAUUUUAAACAGAUAAAUUCAUAACGUCUCUAUUUUAAAAGAAGAAAUAGUAUUUUAUUCUUUUUGAAAAUAGUAAAACAUUCGCUUUAAUUUUUACUGAUAAUUAAUUUGCAACUUAAUUAAUAUAGAGUCAUUUUUUGCGUUAGUUAAAUCAAAGAUAGAUAAAUUCGCGUUUUGUUAGUGCACGUUUAAAUAAGUGUUCCGAAAUAGUUCAAUAGGCAUGACAAGAUUAAUUUAUAAUAUUCAAGAGGAUUUGAAGAAUAAUUAAUCUCUAUAAAAUGACUUUGCGUUUCGGUGGGAUUUUACAAAAAUGAAAUGUUUGGAGGAUCAGUUGGAUUUCAAUAAUGAAAAAAAAAACGUGGCGUGAAAGAAAUUAAGUAUGAUAAUAAAUCUACCGGAAUUAACUUGCGUCAAUAUUAAAGAGUAGUAAUGGAGGAUUUUCGAAGUGGAAUAUUUCUUCUUGGAUAAAUAUUGUUCUCACAUUGAUAAAUUUGCGGGAAUAACUUGUAUGUCGCCGUGAAUAUGCAAUAAUUCGGAUUAUUUAAAUUUUGUCAAUUGUGUGAAACAGAGCUUUAAGCCAAUCUAUAUAUUGACGGAUUACUUCUAUCGGACUGGAUUAAAAAUGGAGAAUAAGACAGCGCGUAAAUGACACUCGAUUAUGGAUAUCAUUUCAGUGAAUUGAAUGCCUGAAAGCAUUUGGACAUCGAUUCUUUUAAUUAGAGGUAUAAAUGAUACACUUAAAUUUUGCAUGCCUUUGCUUAUUCCGUACAUAGUUACACUAUUUUUAAAAACAGUCGAUGAUGCACGCGAAAACUCUGUUUCCUACCAAUUGACAAGAAUCGGUAAUAAUUCAUUGUUACAACAGAUGGGAAAAUAAUUUUUCUCCAAAUAGUUUUCCUUUUCUAGUGUUUUACUGAGUAUGUAUUUUUUCCAUUCAA